CCGCAGCGCAGCCCCACUGCCUCUGCUCCAAUCACGGGCAGCCUCGCGCUCCCCUGGUAGGUCUACUCGCCAACCUACUGUCUCACAUUUUGAUAGAUCAUUCCGGAGCUAUAAACGCGCAUCAACACAACUUGAUUUUUCCUUGCUACCCGAAGAUGAGAGUGUCCAUCGCGGUGCCCUCUGCAUGCUUUACCUCCUAACUCGGGCUCUAGACCCGCAGCUGGGACGGGAGAGAGAGCAAGCAACCUCUCUUUUCUCUCAUCAUCACUAGCUUGGUGUUCCAAGGACACGGGGAGCGAGCCGACAGUCGACGACAAUAAUUGUACGAUAUUUGUGUAUCCUUUCUCAUUUAAACAAACUUCAUCAUCCUGUCUUUCACGCUGGGCACAGAAGCAGAGAGAAGAAGAAGAAGGCUCCGCAUCGCUAUUUCUACCGUGGAAAUACAUUUGGUGGGGUUUUGUGCCCUGUCCGUAUUUGGUGAACCCUGGAUUUAGUGAACAUGGAGACGGUGGAGAAGGAGUGCGGGGCGUUAGGUGGACUAUUCCAGGCGAUUGUCAAUGAUAUGAAGUGUUCAUACCCCGUGUGGGAGGACUUCAGUGCCAAGGCCACCAAACUGCACUCCCAGCUCCGGACCACAGUGCUGGCGGCAGUGGCCUUCCUGGAUGCCUUUCAGAAGGUGGCGGACAUGGCCACCAACACCAGAGGUGCCACCAGAGACAUUGGAUCAGCUCUUACCAGGAUGUGCAUGCGGCAUCGCAGCAUCGAGGCCAAACUGCGCCAUUUCACCAAUGCUCUGAUGGAGAGCUUGAUCACUCCUCUCCAGGACAGGAUUGAGGAUUGGAAGAAGACCGCCAACCAGCUGGACAAGGACCAUGCCAAAGAGUACAAGAGAUCUCGUCAUGAGAUCAAGAAGAAGUCCUCAGACACCAUGAAACUGCAGAAGAAGGCCCGGAAAGAAAUCCAGGGCCGAGGGGACCUGCAGCCCCAGCUGGAUAGUGCCAUGCAUGAUGUGAAUGACAUGUACCUGCUGAUGGAGGAGACAGAGAAGCAGGCGGUGCGCCGCGCUCUGGUGGAGGAGAGGGGACGCUUCUGCACCUUCAUCGGCUUCCUGCAGCCUGUGGUGAAUGGAGAGAUUGCCAUGCUGGGAGAGAUCACUCACCUCCAGGCCAUUAUUGAUGACCUCACUGUGCUCACCACUGAUCCCCACAAACUGCCCCCCGCCAGCGAGCAGGUGAUUAAAGACCUGAAGGGUUCAGACUACAGCUGGUCCUACCAGACCCCUCCCUCCUCCCCCAGCAGUUCUGGCUCCAGGAAGAGCAGCAUGUGCAGCAGUGUCAACAGCGCCCACAGUAGCGCCUCUCGCUCCUCCGGAGGCUCUCAGACUCACUCACCCAGUUCGUCCUAUCGCUACCGCAGCCUGGCCCAGCCGCCACCAGGGAACGCUCACCGCCUCAGCAGCGUCUCCUCCCACGACUCAGGCUUCAUAUCACAGGACGCCAACGUCUACUCCAAGCCUCCCUCGCCCAUGCCCUCUGACAUCACCAGCCAGAAGUCAUCAAGCUCCGCAUCCUCCGAGGCAUCCGAGACCUGCCAGUCAGUCAGUGAGUGCAGCUCUCCCACAACGUUUGGCUCGUCCUUCGCUACCUUCCGUCCUGCUCUCUCUCACACUGGCUCCAUCAGGCCUCUCUCUGUCAUACUUCCUGCGUCCCCACCCUAUAACUGCUCCCCUGGAUCCAACACUACCUCUCCCACAUCAAAGGUUCCUUGCUGGAAGGAUUGGUCCAAGGCAGGUUCUUAUGAGCAGCCAUUGGCUGCCACGCUUCAGCGGCGGAAGGAGCCCCUGGAUAGGCUGAGGGAGAGCGAGGUAUCCCCGGGCUCCCAGGGAUAUGCUGGUGCUCACCCAGACGAUGUCCAGAGGCCCCGAAUGACCCCCGCCACCAUCGCUGCCAAGCACGGCGAAGAGGUGUCUCCAGCAGCCAGUGACCUGGCCAUGGUCCUGACCCGUGGUCUCAGCAUGGAGCAGCAGAAGAGUAACAGGGACUCCCUGCAGUACUCUAGUGGCUACAGCACCCAGACCACCACGCCCUCCUGCUCCGAGGACACUAUCCCCUCUCAGGGGUCGGAUUAUGACUGCUACUCUGUGAAUGGAGAUGCCGAAGGUGAGGCGUCAACUGACUUUGACAAGUCCUCCACCAUCCCCCGCCACAGCAACAUCGGCCAGAACUACCGCCGCAUGAUCCAGACCAAGAGGCCGGCCAGCACCGCUGGUCUGCCCAGUGGGGCCCAGGGCGGAGUGCCUGGAGGGGGAGGGGGCAUUGGGACCCCUGGGACUGCCACCAUCCGCCGAACCCCAUCCACCAAGCCGGGUGUGAGGCGCACCCUGUCCAACGCGGGCCCCAUCCCUAUCCGCCCCCCCAUAGUGCCAGUGAAGACACCCACGGUGCCUGAUGCUCCUGGGGGGUACCCCGGGCCUCCGGUACGUGUGGGCAGUGAGGAGUGCGUGUUCUACGUGGCGGAUGACUCCUCCCCCAACACGUUGGAGUAUGUGAAGGCCUCUCCCAAGCGUCUGAGCCUGCCCAACACAGCGUGGGGGUCUGGGGGAGCGAUGGAGAUGAGUGUGUAUGUCCAGCACGGCUCUGAGGAGGACCAGAUGAUAGCCGCUAACCGCCACAGCCUGGUGGAGAAGAUAGGAGAGCUGGUGGCCAGUGCCCAUGCCCUUGGGGAGGGACAGUUCCCCUUCCCCAACCUUCCUGAUGACCCCCCACCUGGCCCGGCCCCCCAGCACGACCCCCAGGCCACCGGGUCAGGCACCGACGUGCUGGUGUCCAUCCGCAGGGGUGUGCGGCUCCGCAAGACCGUCUCCAACGACAGGUCAGCGCCCAGGAUUUUGUGAUGGUCCGGAGCGGAGGUAGCGCAGCCUGCACCCACCGUGGUGCCCCAACCACUACAUACAGUACUGACUCUGUAGUAAAGAAGUGAAUAUGACAACAGAAGAUUACAAAAAAACUAGUUUUAAUUAGACGUAAAUGAUAAAUAACAAUAAUAAUGCUGAUAAUGAAAAAGUAAACAAUGAAUAAUAAUGACAGGCUCUGGCCACUAUAACUCUGUCGUGUCUGGGCGCAUGUUUGUUUAAUUAGCACCACCAUCACCAUGGGAUCCUCAGACUGUAUAUAGAGAGACUGUCUGGACUGACUGCCGAGAGAGAGACUGUUUAUAGGGACCUGGACUUCCAGCCACCCUCUCCACCUCCUCCCACAACCACCCAACUCCUCACCCAACCUCUUACACCCCCCCCCCCCCCCCCCCCCAUUCUAGAGUAAAACAGAGGGAAGCAGGUGGCGGAGAGACAGAUGAAAAGUGGGGUCAAUAGGGGGUCCCAUCUCUCCCUUUAGCUCGGGCCACAAGGCUCUGACAAUGCACUGUUAGCUUUAAACCAUGGCUAACCGUGUGUGUGUGUGUGUGUGUGUGUGUGUGUGUGUGUGUGUGUGUGUGUGUGUGUGUGUGUGUGUGUGUGCGCGCGUGUGUAAGAGGUGGGCAGAGUUCUGCUGCAGGUCAGCCGGUUGUAUUUGAGGGUGGGGCUUCUCUCCUCUGUGUCGUUUGUUGUUACCCUCACACAGGGCACACACUGGCUAAAUCAAUGUCGUUUCCACAUCAUUUGAAUGAAAUAAUGUUGGACCGACGUGGAAUAGAUGUUGAAUUGACGUCUGUGCCCAGUGGACUGUUUUUAUUGUGACAUUUGAUUUCCUGUUACCACUGUAUGAGAAGCUACAAAAUGAAGCCAGGCAUAUAUAUUUUCUAAUUCCAGAGAGAACAUGUUAAUAAGAAAUGGAGCAAUAAAUGUGUUUUAUUUUCUGCUUGCGGAGUGGAGGAGAAACAGAAGCUGUUAUCUUAGGUUUAGGUUCUCUUUUUUUAACUUGCAGGCAAUCAUCAGGCAUGCUCAAGUACACAUGACAGUGGCUGUCUAACUUUGGCCAUUGGCUUUUCUCAAGUCCUGGCCUGAUGUGUUACAAAAAAACAGAAAAAUCCUAGAAAACUGAAGCACUUUGAAGGUUAGUUUCUAGUGUGACCACUAGGAGUCAGUGUGGUCACGCUAUGUGAUGAGACGAGGGUGCUGGGGGACUGAGACAGUUGGUUGUCAUGCGGUGUGCUGAGUGCGUGCCACAGACCAGUGAGUGAAGCAGUUCAAUUGGUGAGAGAAUAGGAAGAUCG